UACACCAAGUGCGGUCUGUACACCAAGAACCUGCAGUGAGGGAAUCUCUCACGCAUAGUAAGCGCGGGAAACGUUCCCAGUUCAGAAAGCAGAGGAAGGCUGAAACCGAGCCAAUGGAUUAAGAAAGCGAGAAAUACCAGCAAGGCAUACCUCUGCAUGUUGGAGUUUGUACACAGCAGUGAAAAGAGAAACUGAACAAACAGUAAAUCCAGCAUUGUGACUUUCACUGAAAAGAAUGUGUUCCUUUUCAAAGUGAUCAAGAAGCUACCAGGGAGUUAUGUCUGAAGAGGCUGAAAAAAUGGAAAAACAGCCUCCUGACCCUCCACCAGACCCACGCUGGAAGUUCCUUGUUGGCUACCUCUGUUUCUACGGCUUCAUGGGCCAGAUUAGACCUGGGGAGAGUUUCAUCACGCCUUACCUGUUGGGAUCGGAGAAGAAUUUCACAAAGAAAGAGGUGACCAAUGAAAUUACCCCUGUCCUAUCGUAUUCCUACAUGGCAGUAUUGGUGCCCAUCUUUCUACUCACAGACUAUCUGCGGUAUAAGCCCAUAUUGGUGCUGCAGAGCUUGAGUCACAUUGCUAUCUGGCUGCUGCUGAUCUUUGGUACCAGCAUCAUUGCCAUGCAGUUCAUGGAAUUCUUCUAUGGCAUCACGAUGGCUACGCGGAUAGCUUACUCCUCCUACAUCUUCAACCUGAUCUCUCCAUCGUGCUAUCAGCGCAUGGCCAGUUAUUCCCGGUCUUCAGUGCUGAUGGGUGUCUUCACCAGUUCCAUGGUGGGACAACUCUGUGUCACAGUUGGAGGCACCACCUUCAUGACAGUGAAUUAUAUCUCAUUGGGCUUCAUGUGCUUUGGGCUGGUCUUGACCCUCUUCCUGAAGCGUCCGAAACGCAGCCUCUUCUUCAACAGGAGCAAGAGCUUGUGUAAUGGUACCUCGCCCUCAGAACUGGACAAAAUGAACCCUGAGGCAGGAGAGCCCAUGUGGUAUAAGGCUUCUUCCUGGAAAAAUCUGCUGUUAUUCCGGCUGAUAAAGGAGUUGGGGACUAUUGUAAGAAUGCCGCAGCUGAGACUUUGGUCCCUUUGGUGGAUAUUCAAUUCUGCUGGCUAUUAUCUGAUGCUUUAUUAUGUGCAUAUUUUAUGGAAUGAAAUAUAUCCUGCCAAGGACAACAGAAACGUCUACAAUGGGGGAGUGGAAGCAGUUUCUACCCUGCUUGGUGCCAUCACUGCUUUUUCUGCUGGCUUUGUGAAGAUCCGAUGGGCCUUCUGGUCAAAACUGGUGAUUGGGGUUGUGACCGGAGUCCAGGCAAGCCUACUGUUGUUGAUGAACACAACUGCCAAUAUUUGGCUGUGCUAUGCGGCCUAUGUCCUCUUCAGGGGUUCCUACCAGUUUCUUGUGCCUAUAGCCAUCUUCCAGAUUGCAUCUUCGCUGUCCAAAGAACUCUGCGCUCUGGUGUUUGGUGUCAAUACUUUCCUUGCCACAGUUCUCAAAACCAUCAUCACUAUCAUCAUAACUGAUAAGAAUGGUCUGGCUCUCUCAGUCCAUUCCCAGUUCUACGUUUACUUCGGUUACUUCACUGUUCUGACCACACUGUAUCUUUUGUCAUUUGCGUACAUGAUGGCAAGGUGCAAUGCUUGCAAAACACCCCAAGAAGAGACCACACCAGCCAAUGAACUCUGCAGCCCAGUUGAGGAGGAGAACUCGGACAAGGAGGGAAACCCAGAACUGGCUAGUUCCAAAGCCUGAGAAACGCUACCAUCUGCGUACGUACAUGGAGAUGGAUUUUCCUGCAAGAUCUCCAUUGACAUGAGACCAGUGCACCUCUCAUAACAAUCAGCACUUAUCAAAGUCAAUGCAACCCUAUUUUCACAAUAUUGGAUCUCUGCAGAAGCUCAGAGAAAAGCUUGCUUGGUUUCAAAUGCAACUUUGGUGUAGUUGACUUUUCUGGCAGCUACAGUUCUCCCCGUUUCUUGAGCCAAGUUAUGCUGAAAUAAUAUUUACCAAUGUUGCAAUUGGGCACUUAAUUUUUUGAUCAUAUGAAUUUGCUUUUAAACAUGUAUGUUCUUAGUUCUGUCGUGUAAAUUUGCCAAUCACCAAGAGCAAGUGAGACUAAGGCACUUUUUAAUGUUGAUACUGGUUAAUAUACUGUGAUAUGACUCAUAAUAACGUAAGACACAUUUUUGUUUUCCCUUUAUAGGAAAACAGAGAUACUAUUUGCAUUUGACCCCUGGUGAUUGUAAGCUGCCACACUCAGAAAACACAUGUCAAAGAAUGAAAUUACCGGGCUUAAAAAAAAAUGCCCUUAAAUUCAGGAAAGUACUGACAUGGGACCAAAGUGAACCAGGCAAUCCAAUCUUCUUCAUUAGAAAGCAAGAGCUUGCAUUUUGAUUAAUGAAUUAUGCUCCAGGCCAGGUUUAAGGUUUCAGUGCUCCUCUUUCACAAAACUCAAGCAUUUCUUUUCAA